AUGGCUGUAAGAGAGGUUCACCAUCAAUUCCACUGGCCAUUACCUAUUGUAACCCACAGUACAUAUCAGCAUUUGAAGAAAACAUCACCAGCUUCCAACUCUACUCUGACAGCUUCAUGUACACCUAGUGACCUCAACCUUAUAAAUGGCCUGAAUUCCAAUGCAGAGUAUCCAGCAUCUGGCACCAAAUGUAACCUGGAGUUACUUCAUGGACUAGAACCAUCACAACCAUUGACUGUGGACUCAAUCAGUUCUGCUUAUGCCUCUGAUGAGGUAUUCCUGAAACCACAAACAAAUAAAAAUGAAGAUAGCAGUGUAGCAACAACAGAAGUGUUAUCUGAUAAUAGUUCAUGGUUAGCUGAGCAAGAUUUGGUUGCUGAUUCCAUGUCAUUCUCUUCAGACUUGCAAAUCACUCAAGAACUUGAGAUGCUUUCUCAAGAGGUAGCCAACAAGGGUCCUCCUCAAUCUGAUCUUGAACUUCGGUAUCUGCUACAGGUGGUCCUUGAAGCUGGGUGCCUAGAAUGGGCUCUCAUUAUUGCCGUGGUGCUAAGAGAUGCUUUGGCUGUAGUUCGUACUGUGAAUACUGCCAGCAUGACAGACACACCACUAGAGAUUGUUGGCCGCAUGAGAGAGGGUUUGUCCUACCUGGAACUCUGGGCCGAGACUGAGUGUGUUGGUUAUAAAGCAUUCUUCCGCUCUAUCCGUGGCCAGAUUCAGGUACUUGAUAAAGUGGUGGAUCUGGCACCAACUGUUGCUAAACUGACAAUAUUGCCUGUGGAGGACAGUCCGGAAGAAACAGAAUCAUCAGCUAUCUCACCUGUUGCUCAAACAAUACGGACCGAGAGCAUUGACCAAAACUGUGCUGAACCAUUGAUAGAUAAAGAAGAAAAAAACAAUGACUGUGUUUUAUCUUGA